GUUGCCGGCUCUCCUGCCCGCCGGACUCGUCCGGGGUGGCCUAGUCUGCACCACCCGCCGGGCUCCUGGGGCCGCCGCCCCGCGCGGUCCUGUUGGCGUUCCUGGCCGCGCCCGGCCCCUGGCCCACUCGCCCGCCGGCACCAUGAUGGAGGAGAUCGACCGGUUCCAGGUGCCCACCGCGCACUCGGAGAUGCAACCGCUGGACCCAGCCGCUGCCUCUAUCUCAGACGGAGACUGUGACGCCCGGGAGGGUGAGUCAGUAGCCAUGAAUUACAAACCAUCCCCGCUCCAAGUGAAGCUGGAGAAGCAGCGGGAGCUGGCCCGGAAGGGCUCUCUGAAGAAUGGCAGCAUGGGUAGCCCUGUCAACCAGCAACCCAAGAAGAACAAUGUCAUGGCCCGGACGAGGCUGGUCGUCCCCAAUAAAGGCUACUCCUCGCUUGACCAGAGCCCAGAUGAGAAGCCACUGGUUGCUCUUGACACGGACAGCGAUGAUGACUUUGACAUGUCCAGAUACUCCUCCUCCGGCUACUCCUCUGCUGAGCAGAUCAACCAAGAUUUGAACAUCCAGCUGCUGAAGGACGGCUACCGGUUAGAUGAGAUCCCCGACGACGAGGACCUAGACCUCAUCCCCCCCAAAUCCGUGAACCCCACCUGCAUGUGCUGCCAGGCUACGUCCUCCACCGCCUGCCAUAUUCAGUAGCGGGCGGGACCACCGCGGCCGCCAAGGUGGGGCCUCUGCGGGCCAGGUUGGACUGGGCAGGGGCCAACCCCUCUCCAGCUCCUGCACCUGCCCCCAGGCCCUGCGCCCCCAAGAGCCGCCAACCUCGUAACAGUCAUUGCUUCCUCCUAUGGUAGGACGUGUACCUCUGUGUGUUCAUGGAGCCGGAGAAACCAAAACCGGGUCUCUCUCCACCCCGGGGGCUGAGGAGGGGUGGGAGCUGUUUGUUCAGUUACUUGGGGGACUUCACCCAACAUCCUCCCCCCCUCCCCAAGGCUGCAGUCUGAUGGGAGAUGGAGGGAUGGCAAGGAGGCCAAAUGUAAUGAGUGAGGGAGGGAUCACAAAGCCAGGGGCUUAGCCCCACCCCAGUGAAGCCAUGAACCCCCACAACCCCAGCCUAACUAGGAAAGGGGCUCAGAGAGAGAAAGGCCCAGGGCAGUGGGGGCAAGUCCUAGCACCUCAGAGCCCCUUUCAUGCACCCCCUGCCGGACCAUGUACCUAUUUACGUUGUCCCCUCAUCUCCAGAUGGGAAGCCUGGCAAAGCUGCCUGAGAGGUUAAUGACCCCCCCACCGCCCACAUCCAUUGGAUCACUGCCUUCUUCCUCCUCUUUGCCCCAUUCACUUUCUUCUUUGCUCUCUGGGUGUGGGGGUGGAUAAGAUGGGCCUUAGAGAUAGGCCAGACUUCGGAGUGUUAAGAUCUAUCCUCACUGGUCCUUAACCAAUGUAUAUUUCUGCCACCCCACUCCCAUACCCCUUCCACACUACCAGUCCUUCUAUUCAUUGGUUUCUGUCCCAGGCUAUAAACAGAGAUAAGGCCAGCCUCUAAUGGAAGAGAAUGGAAAUGUCCCUCUCCCAUCUCACAUCAGCCCAAGAUCUGGGAGGCUGUUUCUCAGUAAGAAUCUUUAAGAACGCAAGCUCAGGAGAACACAGUGGGCUGAGUGUCUGCAUGUAUAUGGCAGGAAGAAUGUGGCAGGCAGAAUGUGUGGGGGUCUGAGCCUGUCAGAGUGCGUCUGCAUCUCUGUGUUGGACCUGUCUCUCUAGGUAUCUAUUCCUGUCAUAGAGUGGGUGUCCAUGGUGGGGAGGUGACUGUGGUCUGUUUCCUGUGAGAGAGGCUGAUCCACAGUACAGUGUGCUUAGGCCCUGGACUGGGAGUCUGAGCUGGGUUCUGGUCCUAGCUCUGCUGCUCUCCCUGUGUUCUUCGAAAAGCUGCCUGCUUUCUCUGAGCUUCAGCUGCCUGAACUAUAAAAUGAAUAGCAGCUGAAAUUAUUUUUAAGGUCCCUUCAUACCGGAAGGAAUGUUGUCUUUGGAAUUUUGGUGGAGGGUAUGGGGAGAUUACUGUGUGUCUUUGAGGAUUCCCAGGGGGCUUCCUGACUGGUGGAAAGGGGAAGAGGGAGUUUCUAUCAGGACAUGUAUAUUGAGUACAUGUAGAUCUGUUUAGAAAUGUGUGUAUGUGUGUGUGUGUGUGUGUGAAUAUGUAUGUGUGUGGG